AUGGUUUUAGCGAAGAAAAUACGGAUACAAUUUGUGGAGUGCCCAAAUGAUAUCAAUGGGAUGAUAGAUUGUGCAAAGGUUGCUGAUUUAGCUCUACUUCUCAUAGACGGGAGUUAUGGUUUUGAGAUGGAAACCUUUGAAUUUCUCAAUAUUAUGCAAGUGCAUGGAUUUCCUAAAGUUAUGGGGGUUCUCACUCACUUGGAUGAGUUCAAGGAUGUAAAGAAGCUGAGGAAAACAAAAUCACGUCUCAAGCAUCGGUUUUGGACCGAAAUAUAUGCUGGAGCAAAAUUGUUUUAUUUAUCUGGUCUCAAUAAUGGGAAGUAUACGCAGCGUGAAGUUCACAACCUCUCCCGCUUUAUAUCUGUUAUCAAGUUUCAUCCAUUGACGUGGCGAACAUCACAUCCAUAUGUGUUGGCUGAUCGUUUGGAAGAUGUUACCCCUCCCGAGAAAGUUCAGAUGGAUAAGAAAUGCGAUCGAAAUAUCACCUUGUAUGGCUACCUACGUGGUUGUAACUUGAAAAAAGAGAUGAAGGUUCAUAUUGCUGGAGUUGGUGACUUCAGUUUAGCAGGGGUGACUGCCUUAUCUGAUCCUUGUCCUUUACCCUCAGCRGCCAAGAAGAAGGGGCUGAGGGACAAGGAAAAGCUUUUCRARGCUCCWAUGUCCGGGAUUGGAGAWCUUWUGUAUGACAAAGAUGCUGUUUACAUCAACAUAAAUGAUCACCUUGUUCAGUUCUCUAAAGCUGAUGAUGGAAAGGGAGAACCUACUAAUAAAGGAAAGGGCAGGGAUGUUGGUGAAGAUUUGGUAAAGUCGUUGCAGAACACAAAAUAUUCUGUUGAUGAGAAAUUAGAGAAGACGUUCAUUAAUUUGUUUGGCAAAAAGACUAGUGCCAGUUCAGAAAAAAAACUUGUGGCUGAAGAUGAGCUGGAAGGUUCUGACACAGAGUCAUCACAUGAGUCUGAAUCUGGCGAUGAUGCGGAAGAUGAUGUAGAAAAUAACGACAGUAAAAUAAAGCAGAAAACUGAGAUCCAUGGUGGAAGGUUGAGGAGGAGAGCUAUCUUCAAGGAUGAAGUUGGUGACAGUGAUGCAACGUCACAUCUUCAGUUUGAUAAUACUGGUGACUAUGAGGUCAAGAAUAAGGACCUUGGUAACAUAUCAAAAUGGAAAGAACCCUUGAAGGAGGAGGGAAGAAAGAGGAAACCCAACUUGAUGCAAAUUGUGUAUGGUGCAUCGGGAUCAUCAGAUACUGGGUUGAUAAAUGAGAACCAUGUAAUUAGUGAUGAUGAAGAAAGUGAUGAUGAAGACUUCUUUAAGCCAAAAGGAGAACAAAGCAAGAAAUUAGGUGGUGGAUGGGAUGUGGGAUAUGUCAACUCAGAGGAUUGUUCCAAAUUUGUGAAUUAUGGAAACCUGAAGAAUUGGAAAGAGAAAGAAGUUUGUGAGAGCAUUCGUGAUCGAUUUACCACUGGUGAUUGGUCAYWAGCUGAUCUGAGAAAUKAAAAGRUAGGUGCUGYCGAUGAGGGAGAAGAUGAUYAACRUUAUGGUGAUUUUGAGGAUCUAGAGACAGGAGAGAAGCAUGAUAGCCAUGAGAACAUGGAGUCAGGUGCAAAUCAAAAUGAAGAUGCUGAAGUAAUUGAGCGUAGGCUAAAAAAGCUGGCUCUCCGAGCAAACAAUAAAUCCGAGUUAGUGGAGGAUGACAAUAGUAAAGGUGAUGAGAACAACCUCCAUAAUAGUCAAGUCAAGGAACCAGGAUAUGUUGACAAAUUGAAGGAGGAGAUUGAACUUAGAAAACAGAUGAAUUUGUUAGAACUCAAUGAUCUUGAUGAUGAUACCCGAAUUGAGAUAGAAGGAUUCCGGACUGGAACAUACGUGCGGCUGGAGAUUCACAAUGUUCCUUAUGAGAUGGUUGAUUGCUUUGAUCCAUGUCAUCCAGUUCUGGUUGGAGGUAUUGGUAUCGGUGAGGAUAAUGCUGGAUAUAUGCAGGCCCGGUUGAAGAAACAUAGGUGGCACAAGAAAGUACUGAAGACAAGAGAUCCCAUUAUUGUGUCUAUUGGAUGGAGACGCUAUCAGACUAUUCCUGUAUACGCCAUUGAAGAUCGCAAUGGCAGACAUCGAAUGCUCAAGUAUACUCCAGAACACAUGCACUGCCUUGCUAUGUUCUGGGGUCCUCUUGUCCCACCAAACACUGGCUUUGUCGCUUUCCAGAACCUGUCAAACAAUCAGGCAGGAUUUAGGAUAACAGCGACUUCUGUAGUUCUUGAGUUCAAUCACCAAGUCCGCAUUGCAAAGAAAAUCAAGCUGGUUGGGCACCCCUGCAAGAUCAAGAAAAAGACUGCAUUUAUCAAAGACAUGUUUACCUCUGACCUUGAAAUAGCUCGAUUUGGAGGUGCGUCUGUCCGGACAGUUAGUGGCAUUAGAGGACAAGUGAAAAAGGCUGCGAAAAACAUGCUCGAUAACAAGGCUCAAGACGGGAUUGCGAGGUGCACAUUUGAAGAUCAAAUCCUAAUGAGCGACAUAGUCUUCUUAAGGGCUUGGACCACAGUAGAAGUCCCACAAUUUUGGAAUCCUCUAACUACUGCCUUGCAACCCCGUGAUAAGACCUGGAAAGGGAUGAAAACUUUUGGCGAACUCCGUAGCGAGCAAAAUAUUCCUAUUCCGGUGAACAAGGAUUCACUCUACAAGCCUAUCGUAAGGAAGACAAGGAAGUUCAAUCCGUUGGUGAUUCCAAAGAAACUACAAGAAGCUUUACCGUUUCGAUCGAAACCCAAAAAUGUACCAAGGCGUAAAAGACCAACACUAGAGAAUAAAAGAGCUGUUGUAAUGGAACCGAAAGAACGAGAAGAUCAUGCAAGGCUCCAGCAUUAUCAGCUGAUAAAUAAAGUCAAGGCUGAGAAAGCUAAGAAUGAGCAAAUAUCAAAGAAACGGAACAGAGAGGAACGACGUGAGAGAUUUCGUACGGAAGAUAAACAGAAGAAGAAAAUGAGAAGAAGCCAAGAUUAA